AUGGCUGAACUUAUCAUCUCAAAUGGUACAAAUAUCAAUGAAAAAGUUAAUGAUGAAGGAAUUGCUUUUCAUCAUACAAUAUAUUUCAAAUGUAAAGAAACAACCGAACUUCUUCUUUUACAUGGUGCAAAUAUCAAUGAAAAAGAUAUAAGUGGAAUGAAUGCACUUCAUCAUGCAACAUUAAAUAAUAGUAAAGAAACAAUCAAACUUCUGAUUUUGGAUGGUGCAAAUAUUUAA